ACUUGAGUGACAGCUCAGACAAAGUUGAUUCCUUUUAACUUUUCACAUCCCUGCUGUGGACACACUUGGAUGUCAGCACUGGACAACUACACACAAACAUGAUCAAAUUUGCCAAGGCUCUUUAUGACAACACAGCAGAGUGUGCUGAUGAGCUGGCCUUCAGAAAAGGAGACGUCCUAUCAGUGACUAAUCAAAACCUCGCAGGCACCAGCGGCUGGUGGAUGUGUUCUUUGCAUGGCCGCCAGGGUCUCGCCCCGGCCAACAGACUGCAGCUCAUUGAAAGCUCUGUAAGCCAUCUCACAGAAAAAAGGAAAAUUGAAACCAAUGACAGCGUGCGGAACAUCUACCAGAUCCCAAGUCUGCCUAAAAACGGACAUAAGAACGCGGUCUACAAGACUCCGACCACUUGCUUGUCAGCUUCAGUGACGUCUAACCAGGUGGUGCUGGAGCAAAAUACGGACGACAUGAAGGUGUAUAAAUCACCAGCAUCCAUGCAUCGAGGCUCUAGCUGUGACAUCCCUGCGUCUUCAGUCCCUAGUGGCCAACAUGAAGUUGUCAGCGGGCACAGCACAUUACCCAAUAGCUGCAAGUCUGGUUGGAUCUAUGAUAUACCAGUGGGUACUGACAAGCAAGACAGAGUCCAAAACAACAACAAUACACUUCCUGCCAAAUGUGUUGACAGCCACCUGUACGACACGCUUCCUUUGCAAGCCAGUCCAAACAGAACACUGCCACCAAAUGCUUUGCUUUACGAUAUACCAAAACCUUGUUUUCCUGUCUACCCGAGUCCACCCAAUUUACUGCCAAGGGUCCCGAGUUACGACAUGCCUCCAACGCAAAGGCUCACAGAAAACUUUGCACCGAAAGAAGAUUUGCUUAGCCAAGUUCUCAGCGAUCCUGUUAGUGACCAUUUACCUUUGGAGUGCCGGAGUGACCCAAGCACUGGUCAUAACCUCUUCAGAGUAAAUAACUUUCUGAGGUGUAGAUCUUUUGAAGGCCGUCAGGGAAGUGUAGAGUUGCUGUUGCAGGGAGACGCAAAAAGCAGUGGAAGCGUAUCUUCCUCUGCAGACCAGAGUCAAAGAAUCAGCACCGUGUCCAGCUCCUCAAGCAGUUCUUGUGACUCUCUCUCUCUGAGCUCAUCUUCUCAAGAGGCUUUGAGGGAAGUGACGCUCGGACAAGACGAGGCCUGUCGCAGAUUACUGGACCUGCAGCAGUCCGUUUGCCAGGCUGUUCCCAAGCUCAUGGAGUUUGUCAGCAGCCGGUGGAGGAACAAAGAACAUCUGGAGAAACACCUGAAGGAGAUUAAAGUUGCGGCAGAAGGUAUUGCAUGUUCCGUGACGUGCUUUCUACAUUUUGCCGCUGACAUUAAGGGAAAUGCGCGACAUUUGACCGAUGCCAACCUUCAAGCGAGACUCUGUAAACAACUGUCCGUUGUUGAGGAUUCAGCAUUGAUCUUGCAACAAAUGCUGAGUGGGUUAAACUUGGCCGGCUGGCCCCUGGACUCGCUGUGUCAGGAUCCGGGCCAAGUCCUGACGCUCGAUCAACUGGAGCGCUUUGUCAUGGUGGCCCGCACGGUGCCAGAGGAUGUCCGGCGCCUGGUGUCCAUUGUCAUCGCCAACGGCAAGCUGCUGUUCAAAGUCCCUUCAGAUCCAGUCGUUGUCAAAAACACAAAUCAAAGCGAAGCAAAGACAAUUCGAAGUGGGAGUCAGUGGCUGGGAGACUUAGUAGAGGUUGACGACGACAAUGUGAAGGAACAGAUGAAGAAUCGCGUUGAAAAGCAAGGACAGAACCAUCACACGGAACAAAAAACGAACGCCAGUCAAGAGUCUACCAUGAGAGAGAGCGAAAGCCGAAGACAGUCCUUCCAAGAGCGUCGAGCAUCUACCAUGCCCGAGCAUUGCCGCCUCUACUUUGGCGCUCUUCAAAAGGCGCUGGGGGUCUUUCUGGGAAGCCUUGAGGCCGGGCAGCCACCGGAAACGUUCAUCUCGCAAAGCAAACUGGUGAUUAUGGUGGGUCAGAGGCUGGUGGACACCCUGUGCAAGGAGGCACUCAGCGGGGGGUCCGGUCACAGCCUCCUGGGUAAGAGCAACCACCUGUGUGCUCUUCUCAAGAAGCUGGCCGUGGGCACCAAGAGGGCGGCCUUAGACUUCCCCGAUCAACAAGCUCUUGCCGAGCUUCAACAGUUUGCACAGGAGCUUUCUCACAGGGCACAGCACUUUAGAUUAGAAUACACCAAUGCAGACAGACUGGACACCGACUGACUUUCACUAUGAAACAUUAUAGGAGGAAUCGACUAACACAAUAUUUUUUUUAAAUGAAUCAUGAUCUAACCGCUCUUGUGUAGAUCAACAUAUGCUAAACUAGGGCAUGGCGACACCUUACACCAUACAACAGGGGUGUCCAGACUUUUUCCUCCUAGGGCGACAUAGCUCGGUUGGUAGAGUGGCCGUGCCAGCAACUUUAGGGUUCUAGGUUCCAUCCCGGCUUCUGCCAACCUAGUCACUGCCGUUGUGUCCUUGGGCAAGACACUUUACCCACCUGUUCCCAGUGCCUCCCACACUGGUUUAAAUGUAACUUAGAUAUUGGGUUUCACUAUGUAAAGCGCUUUGAGUCACUAGAGAAAAGCGUUAUAUAAAAUAUCAUUCACUUCACUUCACUUCACUUCCCCAGAGGGCCGCACACUGAAAAAUCAAAGCAAUUAUGAUAUACAUAUAUAUUUUUUUUAAACAGUACAAUAUAUGUAUAAAAAAAAUAUACAUUUAGGCCUCCACUCAGGCUUCAUCCCAGGGACCCCAAUGGGUUUUGGUCAAAAAAACAUUUUAAAAAAAAGGGUCACUAUUCAGUACUAUUAUUAUUAUUAUUCAAGCCUUAAAUCUCUAAAUCAACAUUAGGUCUAUUUGUCAAUAUGAAGUUUUUAAAGAUUCAAGUUGUAUGCUCUUUUUGUCAAAGAAUACCCAUUUUUUAAAUGGAAAAAACACAAAAUAUGCAAUAUUUUCACCCAUUAAAAAUAAUUGGAGCCUUAAAAAGGUCAAUAAGUCAUAACAACAUUGAUUUUAAUUCAUUAUUAUUUUUUGGAGCAACGACACUUCAAUAAAUAAAAUAAAUCACACUAACACUAUUGGGGAUCCAAAAGGGUCCUACUCAAGUGUUGAAAAAUAAAUUACAGAUUUUUUUUUUACUGUUUACUUUUAACGCAAUAAUCUUGAGACCAACUUCAGAUUUAUCCGUCAAUUAUAAGUUUUAUUGUUGUUUAUGUUUUUGUUUGUUCAUUUUAGGCACUUCUUUAAAAGAAAAAACUUAUGGCAAACAUAAAAUAUGCAACAUUUUACCCAAAAAAUAUCUCAAAGUGGAAUAUUUAAUGUGACGUAAUUGGAGCCUUAAAUAGGUCAAUCAUUCAUAAUGACGUUGAUUUUGAUUCUUUUUAUUUUAUUUUUUUUAUAUAUAUAUAUAAAAGCAGCCUUCAUGGCAGCUUUGUGUUAUUAGAGUCAACAAUGCAAUAUUUUCUUGUUAAAUUUCACCUGUUUGCUCUUUUAUACCACUUUUUGUUUUUUUGGGAGCCGUUAAAAAAAAAAUGGCACCCGGGCCACACUUUGGACAUCCUGCCAUACAGUAUUGCCAUAAGGACCAUUUUUAAGUGAAGUUUAAAAUGCAAGCUCAAAGGGGUCAUAUUAUGAUUUUUUUUUCAUUUAAAAUACUUUCCAUUAAGAUCACCUUAUUUUUAAAUGUUACAUUAAAACAUUUUAUGUAUUUUUUGUUGUUAGCAUCAUUUAAACUUUUUAAUGUCCCCCACCCCUUUUUAAUUAUUGUUGUUGUUUAUAGUAUUUGUGUUUUUAUCAUUUUUUGUGGACCAGUAAAAGCAAAAAGUCCCACUUCAGACACUCCUGACUUACACAGGUAGAUGAAAUACAGCAAUUAUGCUUUCAACAAUUGUAACAUACAGUUAUAAACUAUAAAUAUUGUCAUAGUUUGGAGAAAUAUUCAUUAGUGCAUUUAAUCGUUGCCGUUGGUUUGUCUGCUGUAGUUAAAUAGAUAUAAAAAAAAAAGAAAAAAGUUAUUACCGGAUUUUUAUGAAACUUUCAGUAAAUGUCAGGAGUCGACAAGUACUUCAAUUUUGGGGUUGAUCCGGAUCGUUUUUACAUUACCUUAUUGUUACAUCUGUGUGUGUAUAUGUGCUUGUUUGCUCUCUCCAAGUGCUUCUAUAUAGUUUAUAUAUACAAAAGUCAAAACCAGUGAAGUUGUGUAAAUGGUAAAUAAAAACAGAAUACAAUGAUUUGCAAAUAUUUUUAACCUAUAUUCAAUUCAAUAGACUGCAAAGACAAGAUACUUAAUGUUCCAACUCGAAAACGUUAUUUUUUUUUGCAAAUAUUAGCUCAUUUGGAAUUUGAUGCCUGCAACAUGUUUCAAAAAAGCUGGCACUUAUUGCGAAAAAAGACUGAUAAAGUUGAGGAAUGCUCAUCAAAAACUUAUUGGGAACAUCCCACAGGUGAACAGGCUAAUUGGGAACAGGUGGGUGCCAUGAUUGGGUAUAAAAGCAGCUUCCAUGAAAUGCUCAGUCAUUCACAAACAAGGAUAGGGCGAGGGUCACCGAUUUGUCAACAAAUACGUAAGCAAAUUGUCGAACAGUUUAAGAACAAUUUCUCAACAAGUUAUUGCAAGGAAUUUAGGGAUUUCACCAUAUACGGUCCGUAAUAUUAUCAAAAAGUUCAGAGACUCUGAAGAAAUAACUUCACUGCACGAAAACCUUGGAUCCCUCAGGCGGUACUGCAUCAAAAACCGGCAGUGUGUAAAGGGUAUCACCACAUGGGCUCAGGAACACUUCAAAAAACCACUGUCAGUAACUACAGUUUGUCGCUAUAUCUGUAAGUGCAAGUUAAAACUCUGCUAUGCAAAGCAUAAGCCAUUUAUCAACAACACCCAGAAACGCCGCCGGGUUCGCUGGGCCUGAGCUCCUCUAAGAUGGACUGAUGCAGAGUGGAAAACUGUUUUGUAGUCUGACGAGUCCACUUUUCAAAUUGUUUUUGGAAACUGUGGACGUUGUGUCCUCUGGACCAAAGAGGAAAAGAACCAUCCGGGUUGUUCUCGGCGCAAAGUAGAAAAGCCAGCAUCAGUGAUGGUAUGGGGGUGUGCUAGUGCCCAAGGCAUGGGUAACUUACACAUCUGUGAAGGCACUAUUAAUGCUGAAAGGUACAUACAGGUUUUGAAGCAACAUACACUAUAUUGCCAAAAGUAUUUGCCCACCUGCUUUGACUCACGUGAACUUGAAGUGCCGUCCCAUUCCUUACCCAUAGGGUUCAAUAUGAUGUGGGUCCACCUUUUGCGGCUAUUAAGGCUUCCACUCUUCUGGGAAGGCUGUCCACAAGGUUGCGGAGUGUGUUAAUGGGAAUUUUCCACCAUUCUUCCAAAAGCGCAUUGGUGAGAUCACACACUGGUGUUGGUCGAGAAGGCCUGGCUCUCAUAACCUGACUCUCGCCAGAUCCUUGUAGUUCGCUGAGCUCCACACAAGGAUCUGGGAGUCCUCAAUAGGAGAUAUAUUUCAGAAGGCGGGGCUUUGUAAAAAAAAAUCAUUGUAUGUGAUUGGAUAAACCACUUGCCUGUUAUCUUGAAUGACGUGCGACUUCAUUAUUUUUGCUAUCUUAAAUGAGUUUGCAUUGCCCUCGAGCCCAGAUCCUCGUGUGGAACUCAGCCAACUACAAAUAUCUGGCGGGAGUCAGGUUAUGGCUCUCAGUCUCCGUUCUAAUUCAUCCCAAAGGUGUUCUAUUGGGUUCAGGUCAAGACUCUGUGCAGGCCAGUCAAGUUUAUCCACACCAGACUAUGUCAUCCUUGUCUUUAUGGACUUUGCUUUGUGCACUGGUGCACAGUCAUGUUGGAAGAGGAAGGGACCCACUCUAAACUGUUCCCACAAGUUUGGGAGCAUGGAAUUGUCCGAAAUGUUUUGGUAUCCCGGAGCAUUCAAAGUUAUUUUCACUAGAACUAGGGGGCCAAGCCCUACUCCUGAAAAACAACCCCACACCAUAUUUCGUCCUCCACGGAAUUUCACACUCUGCACAAUGUAGCGUUCUCCCGGCAACUUCCAAACCCGGACUGGUCCAUCAGAUUGCCAGAUGGAAAAGCGUGAUUCAUCACUCCAGAGAAGGUGUUUCCACUGCUCUAGAGUCCAGUGGCAACGUCCUUUACACCACUGCAUCCCACGCUUUGCAUUGGACUUGGUGAUGUAUGGCUUAGAUGCAGCUACUUGGCCAUGAAAACCCAUUUCAUGAAGCUCUCUGCGUACUGUACGUGGGCUAAUUGGAAGGUCACAUGAAGUUUGGAGCUCUGUAGCAACUGACUGUGCAGAAAGUCUUUGCACUUUGUGCGUCAGCAUCCACUGACCCCUCUCUGACAGUUUACGUGUCCCACCACUUGGUGGCUGAGUUGCUGUUGUUCCCAAACUCUUCCAUUUACUUAUAAAAAAAACGACAGUUGACUUUGUAAUAUUUAGGAGCGAGGAAGUUUCACGACUGGAUUUUGUUGCAAAGGUGGCAUCCUAUGACAGUUCCACGCUGGAAAUCACUGAGAGCGGCCCAUUCUUUCACAAAUGUUAGUAGAAAUAGCCUCCAUGCCUAAGUGCUUGAUUUUAUACACCUGUGGGCGGGCCAAGUGAUUAGGACACCUGAUUCUGAUCAUUUGGAUGGGUGGCCUAAUACUUUUGGCAAUAUAGUGUAUGUUGCCAUCCAGGCAACUUCUUUUUCAUGGACGCCCCUGCUUAUUUCAGCAAGACAAUGUCAACCACGUGUUGGAACAGCGUGGCUUCAUAGUAAAAGAGUGCGGGUACUAGACUGGCCUGCCUGUAGUCCAGACCUGUCUCCCAUUUGAAAAUGUGUGGCGCAUUAUGGAGCCUAAAAUACCACAACAGAGACCCCGGACUGUUGAACAACUUAAAGGCCUACUGAAAUGAGAUUUUCUUAUUUAAACGGGGAUAGCAGGUCCAUUCUACGUGUCAUACUUGAUCAUUUCGCGAUAUUGCCAUAUUUUUGCUGAAAGGAUUUAGUAGAGAACAUCAACGAUAAAGUUCGCAACUUUUGGUGCUGAUAAAAAAGCCUUGCCUUUACCGGAAGUAGCAGACGAUAUGUGCGUGACGUCACUGUUUGUGGAGCUCCUCACAUCCUCACAUUGUUUACAUUCAUGACCACCAGCAGCGAGAGCGAUUCGGACCGAGAAAGCGACGAUUUCCCCAUUAAUUUGAGCGAGGAUGAAAGAUUCGUGGAUGAGGAAAGUGAGAGUGAAGGACUAGGGAAAAAAAAACACUAUACAGUCGGAGCGAUCCAGGUGUUAUCAAACACAUUUACUAAGAUAAUUCUGGAAAAUCUCUUAUCUGCUUAUUGUGUUACUAGUGUUUUAGUGAGAUUAUAUGGUUGUACUUGUACAACCUGAAGGUCGGCCCCGCACCUUUCUGCAGCACCAGUCGACGGGUGGUGGCGAUGCCCAUCUCUGCCCUUCGCAAGGGACCCUCUUCGAAAAACGAUCUUUCGAAAUGGUCGCUGCAUAAUACACUGUACUUUGUGUGUGUGUGGUCCAAUCCAACCGUGUUCGCUUGACUGCUCUGUUCCAUAGUAAAGCUUCACCGUCAUCUUUCGGGACUGUAAACAAUGAAACACCGGCUGUGUUUGUGUUGCUAAAAGCGGCCGCAAUACACCGCUUCCCACCUACAGCUUUCUUCUUUGAUGUCUCCAUUAUUCAUUGAACAAAUUGCAAAAGAUUCAGCAACACAGAUGUCCAUAAUACUGUGGAAAUUUUGCGAUGGAAACAGACGACUUAUAGCUGGGAACGUUGCUGGAACAAGAUGUCCUCUGCAAUGCGUGACGUCAUCAUACCGCGACGUUUUAGCAUGAUACUUCCGCGCGAAAUUUAAAAUUGCAAUUUAGUCAACUAAAAAGGUCGUAUUGGCAUGUGUUGCAAUGUUCAUAUUUCAUCAUUGAUAUACAAACUAUCAGACUGCGUGGUCGGUAAUAGUGGGUUUCAGUAGGGCUUCAAGCUGUACAUCAAGCAAGAAUGGGAAAGAAUUACACCUGAAAAGGUAGAAAAAUGGUUCUUGGUUGAAAAGGUUUUGCAAAUUAUUGUAUUCUGUUUUUAUUUAACAUUUACACAACAUGCCGACUUCAAUGGUUUGGGGUUUUGUGGUACCGUCUACAGUUUAUUUUUAAUUUGUUUGAAUUGAAAUCCCUACAAAUGUAAUUAUGAAGAUUUGUUGGGAAAAUGGAAAGCAAUCAAGGCAAAUGUACCAAUAAAAAAAUGUAGGUUGUAAGUAAGCAAACAAUCUUGGAGCGCGGCCACGGCUGCUGCUCACUGCUCCCCUCACCUCCCAGAGGAUGGUUUAAAUGCAGAGAGUAAUUUCACCACACCUAGUGUGGGUGAGACUAUCAGUGGUACUUAAACCUAAAAACAAAGACUGAAUACUCGACAAGCUUGUUAUAUGCUGCCCUCUAGCGGUAAUAAUCAUUAAAGAAAUUGUUACAUUUACCCAGCUGAAAGACAUUUGAAUAAAUAUAUAAAUUAAAUACAUCGUUUAAAUAUGGCAACAUUCAUUCAAGUUUUUAUCUCAAUCUUACAUAAAUUAAAUUGUGAAACUAUGAUGUUAAAAAAUGAUAUCGAACUUAUUUAUUUAUUUCAUGAGCAAUAUUGUAAUGAGAUAGAAUGACGUGUUUACAGUGUUUUCUUUUUAGCACUUGAUGUGAGAACCUUUUUUUUUUUUUUUUUUUUAAAACCUUGGUCACAGGUAGCCACUAAAGUUUUGUACAAUGAAAUGUGUGGUAGUAAAUCACUACUACACUUUUUACUGCAUCCGCAUGUUUGCCAACUAGCACUAGUUGUUGUUGUGAGUGAAUAUUUAUGCACCGUAUGUCAUGUUCUGAAAAGAGGAAACAGGGUUAACAUUUCACUGAAGUAAGUCUUUUAUUAAGUGGUCAUUUCACUCAAUAAAUGAGUUGACCGUCA